CUUCUCUGUCUCGUCUCGCUCUCGCUGCCGUCCAGCCAGGCUCCCCGGCGGCCAUGGAGGUGUUCGUGGGCUCUCGCGCCUUGGGCGAGGAGUCCCUGCAGAUGUGGGACCUCAACAAGCGCCUGGAGGCUUACCUGUCCCGCGUUAAGCACCUGGAGGAGGAGAACGAGGGGCUGCGCGCCGAGGUGCAGGGCUUGCGCCUGAGCCCCGUCGAGGGCUCGUGGCGAGCGCGCUACGAGGGCGAGGUUGCGGCACUGAGGGCCACCCUGGAGCAGGCUUUCCGCGACAAGGCGUCGGCCGAGCUUGCCCGGGACGCGCUGCGCGACGAGGUACAGCAGGCGACAGGCCGGUGUCAGCGGGAGAGGGCGGCCCGCGACGAGGCCAAGAGGAUGCUGUCGCGGAGCAGGAAGGAGCUGGAGGAGGAGCGCCGGGCGCAGCUGUGGCUCCGCGAGAAGGCGGCGCAGCUGGAGCAGGAGGUGCGGGCGCUGGACGAGGCGCACCGGGACGAGAAGGCGGCGCUGGGCCAGGAGGUGGCCGGCGGCGGCGGCGGCGUGGGGAGUCUGCAGAGCGGUCGGCGCGGCGCCCCGACGGCCGAGGGCUGCUUCCAGCCUGCCGAGGUGGAGGACUACGCGCAGCGCCUCUCCAGCAUCUGGAAGGGGGCCGCCGAGACGUACAAGGCGGAGGUCUGGCAGCUGGAGGCCGCCCUGGGCGAGGCCAAGGAGAAGCUCUGGAGAGCCACCGAGGGCAACCGGCAGGGCCAGCUGCGCCUCCAGCAGCUGGAGAAGGAGCUGGCCGGCCUGAAGAUCCGCAAGGAGGUCCUGGAGGAGAGCCUGGCGCAGCAGUGGCAGCAGCAGCACGGCGAGGCCGGGCAGCUCCAGCUGGCCAUCGAGUCCCUGGAGGAGGAGAAGCAGUCCCUGCGGGUCCAGAUCGCCCAGGUCCUGGACGAGCGCCAGCAGCUGAUGCACCUCAAGAUGUCCCUCAGCCUGGAAGUGGCCACCUACCGGACCCUCCUGGAGGCUGAGAGUACCAGGCUGCAGAUCCCGGUUGCAGACUUCAAACUGGCCAGUGGCCUCAGAGCUAAAGAAAUGUUUUGCUUCUCUGUUCUAUCUACAGAUGGGAAGCUGGAGUUGAGCAACGGCCUUUCCCUGGACAGAGGCCACCUGGGCCCCCGAGACCCCUGGCUGAGCCCAGCCAUGUUCCCGAAGGCCAGCACAAAGCCCCGGCCACCCAGGGGCCAGAACGAGUCCUCAGCGGGCAGCUUCACCUCCUCUGCGCCCCCCAAGAACAGGAGCCCCUUGGCCAGGGAUUUCCAGAAGGCCAGCGCCAUCCUCCCAGACCCCUCCACCAUAAGUUUUGAGGAUGCCUUGCCAGCCAAAGACACCCUGGCACCCGUCAACUUGCCCGCUUUCGAGCAGACUGAGGUCUGGACAGCCACCCAAAUCACAGCUGUCUCCCAGCCACUCUUGCACGAGUCCCUUCCGCCUUUCGACGCUGCAGCUACGGAUGCCUUGGAAGAAUCCAGCUUGGGCACCGAGCAGAGACUCCAGGAGGAUGGAGACAUGAGGGGUGGCAGAGAGACUGAAGCAGGAGAGAAGGAAGGACUUUGUGAGGAGGAGGGGGAGGGGGAGGAGGAAGAGGAGGAGGAAGAGGAAGAACAAGAAGAGGAGUGUCUCAGCAAUGAGCCAGCAGGGGAGGCCACGACCCAGAACGGUCCUUACCCUGGCCGGCUGGUUACAGAAGCAUUGGAAAUUGCACUCAAAGUAGUCAAUGCAGCCGAUGUCCGGCCAGAUACCGGCUUCCUUGAGGGCUCUGACUCCCCAAAUGGCCUCCCUCUGGAUGGCUCCCCCUCCUUAGAGGAUGAAGGCAGAGCGGACCCUCCUACCAGUACAAAGUUGGUGAAAGAAGCUGUAGAGAAAGUGCUGAAAGAGCACACAGGGGACACUCUGCCAGCGGCAGACCUUAUGGGGUCUGAAGAUCCCACAGAGGCAAAUGGCAGCCCCAGUGAGGCCUGCGCAGAGCAGCAUGAAGGAGAGACUCAGGGCGCUCUGGCAACAGACCCCCCAACUCCACAAAAAAUGGGAUUGCUGGAGGUAGAAGGGGAGGACAGGGAAACUGCAAACAGUGUCCUGAUGACCGGGAGGAUCGAGGCCUACCAGGAAGUGAUGCCUCCGGGAGGGGAAGGUGAGGAGCCCCCGACAUCAUGUAGCACAGAGCAGGGGGUGCAUGGCAAUGAGGAGGUGCCUGAGUGCCCAGAAGUGGCAGGUGCCCUGGGCAAAGAUGUGGCUGUUGUGGUGAGGGUGGGGGAGGAGAGCUGGGACCCUGGUGCCAGCAGCCACCCAGAGGAGCAGGCAGGUGCCAUGGGAGGGUACCUAGAGGAAGCGGAAGACCUGGAGGUGGUGAGCACAGAAGCCCUGCACCUGUCAGAGGAUGAGGAGAGGAGGGAGCUGUGGAGCCCCUCCAAGGAGAACGAGGAGGAGGACUUGCAGGUGCUGGAGGGUGAGCUCCUGCAGGCAGAAGAGUUUGUUGCUUGUGAGAAUGUGGCACCAUUGAGCCACGUGGCGGCAGAGAGUUGCUUGGAGCAACCCUUUCUUCAGCUGGAGCAGGCACAGCUCCAGGCGCCAGGAGCCCCUCUGGAAGAGAUGGAUUUGGCCCUGCUGGAGGGAGAGGUGGGAGAGGCAUCCCAGGAACCUGACACCUUUCCUGCAGAGGAGACCCCCUUGGCAGAAGAAAACUCAGCAAGGGAGGGAGGAGAGAACUUGGAAGGGGAGCCCAGAACGGUGGAAAAUGCAAGGGAUGCUGAGGGGGGCAAAGAGGGGGGGGAGGAGGAGGACAUCACCAGGCCCCCAAGAGAGGAUGGGUUGGAGAAUGAAGAUGCCGCAGAGAAGCAAGGCUUCUCAGACAUGGAGCCUGUCUCCUCCCAAGAGAUGGAGGUUGCCUUGCAAGGCAAGGAGAUCCCAGGGCAAGGAGAGAUCUCCAAGGCAGAGGAGCAGGAUGUGGCAGGAGAUGCUUCUGAGGAGCAGCAACAACAACUGGCAGAGGAGGAGGAGGAGGAGGGAGCAAGAGAAGAAGGAGAAGAGAUCCCAGUGGCUGCUCCUGAUGCUGACGGAGACAUCCAGGAGGGAAGCUUGGUGGUGGGCCAAGAAGCCUCCAAGGCUGAAAGGGAAGAGGACGAGGAGAAGAAGGAGGCAGGCAUUAUAGAGAUGGAAGAAAUAGGCCCCUUGGAGACAAAGAACCUGCCAUGGUGCCCAGAAGCUGAACAGGAUGGGGCCAAUGCGCAGGCAGAGGAAGAAGAGCAAGCAGUGGCCAGAGUAGAAGAGGUUCUCCAAAGUCAGCUGGCCACCCACCUGGGUGAAAGCCUGGCCCCCCCUGCUGACAAAGAGGUGGAGGCUCCUCCAGAAGUGCAGGGCAGCCCCAUUGAUGGGUCUGAGGGCAAGGACCAGGCUGACACCAGCUACUGUCAGUCACAAAGUGAGUCUUUGGGGUCUGAGGACUCCCUUGAAUCUUGGGACAGCUCCCCAAAUGCCAGCCGUGAGACCGAGGGGAUUGAGAAGUGCCUGGAAAGUGGCAAGGCGAUUAUGCUGGAGGAGACUCUGCCGGAUCACACCCCCUUACAUCUGUACGAGGGGCAGGUGUUGGCUGCCUCUGGGGAGCCCCAACAAACGCCUCCAGAGAGCCAAGAGGCUGCAGAACUGCCUCUUGUGACCCAAGAUGGAUCCACGUCUUUAGAGGAGGUGCAGCAUCCACCAGCAGAGGAGGAGAGUUUGCACAGCUCCCCAACAAAGGAGAACAUCAACAAACAAGAAGGUGCAGAAGAGGAAGGGGGCUGCGCCAUAGAAGCUGCUCCCAUCCAAGGCACAGACGACCCCAAAGUUUCAGAAAAACGUAUGACAGAUGCUCUGGAACUCAUCGGAAGUAAUGGAAACCUACUUGAAGAAGACUCCAAAGUGCUCAGAGAGGAGGAGGAGGUUGCAAAGGACUCUGCACAGUUGGACGCAGAAUCUGAGGAAGAGCUGGCUGGUGAGGAAGUCCCCCAGAAAGGGGGUGAGGUGGAAGAAGACGCCCAGUUUGUAGAACAGUUCUGUAAGGAAGAACAUGGCCAGGAUUUUGCUUGGGGACCAGAGGAGGACAGCACUUCCCAAGUAGAAUGGCUGGAUCCCAGCAAUGUGGAGGAAAAUGCCUUUGUGGAAGGGGAUGGUCCGUUGGAGCUGGAUGACCAGGGGGACACAGCGGCUGAAGGUGGCCACAAGGUUUCUCCCCUGACCAGCGUGGCUGACUUGGGUGAAAUCGUGUUGGAGGGGGAAGAAGGGUCUUUGGAUGUGCUGGGAGGAGACCUCACAGGACCAGAGGCUCCAGCAUGUGGCAGAGAUGAAGAUUUGCCCUGUGCCCAGGAGACAACGGACCUUGAAAUCUGCAGAAGAGAAGACCAGGUCCUACAGGAAGAUGUGGCUGAGGGGGACCCAAGUGGCGAGGAUCGCCCAGGUGAGGCAGCUGCGAGCAUCUCAAGAGAGAGCAUGAAAGAUGCUGACAUCCUGGAGAUCGUGGAACAAGCUCUGGAGUUCAAUCAGGAGCUGAUCAAGGCAGCUGAGCCGUGUGUUGAGGCCGAACCAACAGUGACAGGAGGGGAGGAAGGUCCAUCCCUGGAGAAAGAGGAAGAGGAGAGCAGGGCUGCACCAAUUGCCUUGCCUGAUGUCAGUGACUCCCAGGUCACCACAGAGGCCCCAGAAAUCUCCUUUCCCGAUGCCAAAGACCCAACAGGAUCUGGUCCUCUGUGGGCUGACAGCAAUGCUAAUGGGCUGCAGCAAGAACCCGGCGUUGCCAUUUUCACAAAGGAGAUCCUGAAUGGGAUUGGAGUCCUUCAGCCUGGUGAGACAGAGUGCAAUGGGGGCAUCUCCAAGGAAGAACCAAUGAAGAAGGUGAUCACCACUCAGCAGUUCCUCAGGGAGGAGCUGGACGAGCCCUCCGUGGUGGAGAAGACAGCAGACCAGAGAUCGCUUCAAGUGCCGCCCCAUGAAGAGACACAAAGGAUUGAAGAUGUGGAGCCGGAAGUUCAUGAGAAGGUUCUGCUGGGACCCAGCAAAGGCCUGGAGGCCACGGAUCCCGAUGAGAGCCUCUUUGUCGACAUCUUGCAGGCUGCCUGUGUCAAAGGGGGGAAGGGCGCUGAUCCAGGGGCCGUCUCAGUCCCACCACACUUUGGGGAUGAAGUUCUCCGCCUGGAGUCCAACCAGCACCUGAACUUCCGGAUGGAGGAGGAGGAGGAGGAGCAGAGAUGGUCUUCAGAAGACAACUGAAACCCUGCCUUUGUCCCUCCCAGCAGCUGACUCCUGCCAGCUGCAAAGCGAGAUCUCUAGGGGACCAUGAGGUCACUCUCUUCCCAUGCCCCACAACCUCCACAACCUUUUUUAAUUUUGUUUUUCUAGA